AUGGGAUCCAUAUGCCUUUCCUCACCGACCGUCCUACGCUGCCAAUCGUUUACCGUGGUACAAUCCGGAAUCCUUCUGGUGCCCGCGGGGCUGGAGGCACUCGUCGCGUGUUGGACCGUCUAUGCAAACUGGGGCCUGGGACACAGGAAACAACUGUUGCUCGGUGCAGAAGGUUGCACGUACUUCAUGCUAGCCUUGCUGGAUCUGCUCUCUCACCUUCUCCCCGCUGUACGCGAUAACAUCGGCACCUUUAAAGUGAUCGACACUGUCCUAGGCGUUGCUUCAGUUUUCCCCAUCUUCUUUUAUGGGCUCUUCAUCUUCUUUCUUUUGCGUUCCCAGUUCAUUGGUUGCUUUCCUCGCUGGCUCAAGCUUUCCCUUCAAAUCAUCAUGCUUGUUGUAUUUCUACCCAUCACGCUCGUCAUGUACGAAGUCGCUUCAUUUGUGGGCAUCACUCACGGCACAUUUUCGAAUGGUACUACGACGAUAGUCGCAGUCGGCUUCGAAAACAAGCAGGAUCAGGCAUUGUGGACUGCAUCCACAUACGCAGACUUGGCAGUAUUGGCAGCCUUGCAAGCCCUUCCCGCUGUCCUCGCGGUCCGGCGUCUCGUACACAUAUCUCGCCAGCACAAAGAGAUACAGGCGUCUCCGAAUGGGACCGUGCAUUCGUUCGGUGGUACAAUUUGGACGACAACCGGCCUCGUCGUCGGCCUCGCCGAAACCCUGGUCGGUUAUGCUCCCGCCACCUUCGCCGUCUCGCUUGCGCGCCGCAUACUACGUGCCAUAUCUCGCGCAAAGCUGUGCGUCGGCAUCUCGCUCGGGAUGGAGAGCGUCGAGACGUUUACCGACGUACGACCAGACCGCCGCCGCUCGCGACUCAUGCAGCUGAUUGCCAAUCCGCGUACGAGCACAUUCCGCCCCCUCUCACCAACUGCCGUCGCCUUCCACGCCGCACCCCGCGCUCCCGAGAAGCCCAUUUCUCAGCCUAUGCAGUCCCUCGGCUUGCCUGGCAUGCGCGCGUUCGCCGCAAUGCGUAGCGACAGCCCUGUCGAGAGGAAGGGCGAGCGUGUUACGGUGUUCUUCGGCGGACAGCGGGCACCGACGCUGCACCUGCGCUUUUCGGAACUCGACAUGCCCAGCCCCUCCGUUAUUACUGAGAAAUUCCGCACAGAAUCUCCCGGUGCAACGGAAGCAGGUCAAAACAGGCGCGCGUCGUCGAGCUGGAGCAUGGUAUCGCGACCCAUGACAAACGCGCCUUCGAAGCAAGACUCGUUACUGCAACCGCAACCCGCCGCACACGCACACAACAAGUCCAUGGCCAGCAUGCAGGAUUCCUUCCGCGCCGUUCAAGAGCUGACGCCGCAGUUCCCACACCUGCCUGAUCUAAAUAACUGGAGGAUGCCCGUGUACGCGCAUCGGUCCAACCUCUCCAAAGCGUCUAUAUCCAGGCGAACAGUCUCCGUCGGCUCGUCCAUAUCGUACCCCUCAGCCGUCGGCGGACGCCUCCCCUCCGAGAUCGACUCCGGGGAAGCAGAGACGGCACCAGGCAUGCGCCCGGUGACCAUGUACUACUACACCGGCCGCCACCGUCGCGAUACGACCGGGGAUACGACGCGCACACCUCGCUCGUACCACGGCCGCGGGGACACGAUCUCAGAGAUCGACCCCGCGCCCGCGACGCCCGAUUCCGACGACCGUAGCAGCCUGCAGCCCUGGGGCACGCGCAUGCCGCGCACGUCGUCGCCCGAGUCCUGGCGCGAAACCGCCGAGCUCGGGAACGACAGCUGGGCGUCGCGCCGGUGGGUACCCAGCGGCGUUAUCGACGGUCGCAGCCGGUGGGCGUCAUGGCAGCCCGACGCGGAGUCGAAGCCCGAGUCGAAGAAGAGCACGACGCCGACGCCGCCGAUACGGCAGGACACGGCGGAGGCGAUGCGCAUACCGUGGCUGCGCGAUCUUGACGAGGUCGAGCGGGAGCGGGAGGAGCGGAGGAUGUACCUUGCGCCUGCGCCGUCGGUGCGCUCCCUAACCGACGAGGGCUCGGGCGCGCUCAAGUUCUCGCGCGGGCCAACGCCGCGAACACCUACUCCCAAUCGCCCGGAGCGCGGUCCCCUCAAUAGCGAGUACGUCGAGCGUUGGUCGCAGGCCCCCACGGACGUCACGGACGAGGGCAUCGCCCUCAGCCACAGCUACGACUCGCAUGUCCUCGGGCGGAUGAAUGUAGUAUGA